AUGCAGCCUUACCACUUCUGUUACCUGAUAAGCGUGCUCUACGCACUUUUACCUAGACAAAUCGAAUCGCUGCGCUGCAAGUGCAACACGAAUCGUGGCCCGACACAAUGCAUGUCCGACUUCUGCGAUAUUCAUAGUCGCGACGGGAAACGUGCCGCUUGCGGCGCCUUGCGACGCGCCAAACAGACGAUAUUCUCGUGUGUGCUGAUACGACAGAACUCCAACGACACGUACUGCCACGUGGUAGGCAGCACAACGGCGUGCUGGUGCCGGCAGAUGGACUUCUGCAACGCUGAUCUAGAGGCCGAACUGUUCGAUGUCGAUGAUAGUACAGACGAUUCGGAGACCGAUUCGGCCGAACACAUUGUUCCACCAGCGAGCUCGAGGCGCAACCAGUACAACGUCGACGCCGCUUUACGACGGAUCCCCGUCGAACCACACAUAUUUACCAGCAGCCCGUACGUCGCUUCACCGUCCGUCGGAUUCACUGCGAGCAGUACAACUACUAGCACGACUGAACCCACAACCGAAUCGACGAAGGUAUGGACAAGCACAAAGAGAUCUGUAAAAAUGAAGAUCAACCCGGCAAUCCGAAUAGAUGUUGCGGAGAAGAUAAAGCUGACACCGCAGCAGAAGCAGCAGCCGCCCACAGUGAUUGCAGAAACAGCUAUUUCUGACGAUUACGAGGAUGAGCUGCUCGACGACGAGUAG